AUGGCUCCUCCGUCGAAGAAAAUGAAUGAUGUCUUCAAUCAAUAUCUCCAAGACGCCAAGUCCAUUACAGACCACGCCACCAAUCCCUCUCUGAUCCAUAUCGAGAAUUUUAUCGGUUUUACACGUGUCCCAGUCGGUCUUGCUGGGCCACUAGAUAUUCGCAAUUCCGACGGCGAAAACCACAGGAUCUGUGCACCCAUGGCAACGACCGAGGCAGCACUGAUCGCGAGCUGCAGUCGAGGAUGCAAAGCCCUGAACGCCAGUGGAGGAGUGGAAUACAUUCUCGGCCGUGAGGGCAUGUCUCGGAGUCCGUCGUUCCAGUUCGCCAGCCCGCGUGAUGCGCAGGAUUUCAUCCAGGUCCUUUCCUAUGUGGAGAACACACUCUGUGAAGUGGCGGAAUCAACUAGUAACCACCUCAAGCUCGUGGACAUUACUCCACACCUCAUCGGGUGCUACGCUCAUGUGGUCUUCAACUAUACCUGCGGCGAUGCAGCCGGACAGAACAUGGUCAGCAUUGCAACCCAGCGCUGCUGCACCUGGUUGAUGGACACGUAUGCUUCGCAAUAUAAGAUCAAGCACUCUUAUGUGGACGGACAGAUGAGUUCGGAGAAGAAGCCGUCAUGGGGACAUGUGAAGACGCCGCGGGGCGUGGAAGUGACUGCAUGGGCGUGCCUGUCGGACGAAACAUGUCAAGAGAUCCUGGGUUGCACCACAUCUGAGUUUUAUGACCUGCUGCAGAUGGCGAAAGAUGGUUCUAUCCGGAAUGGAAUCCAUGGCAGCAACAUUGACGCGGUCAACGUGCUGACUGCUGUGUUCAUCGCGACUGGCCAGGACGCUGCGAGUGUGGCGGAUGCUUCAUGGUGCCACCAGAGCACUUUCUAUGACCGAGCCACGAAAAGCCUCACCGUCAGCCUGUACUUCCCUUCGCUGCCUGUGAGUGUCAUUGGGGGAGGCACCUCGUACGACACCCAGCGGGAGGCACUGCAGAUAAUGCAAUGUGCUGGGUCAGGGAAGAAGAGACAGCUUGCCGGAUUUUUGGCCUGCUUCGCAUUGGCACUGGAGCUCAGCACUGCUGCAUCCGUCGUGACGGGCACUUUUGCAGGAGCCCAUCAGAAGCUGCGGAAGGGUGAGAAUGCUAAAUUGUGA